AUGGAUUUGGUUGCCUCAUAUGACUCCGAAGAUUCUGAAAAUGAAAUUGUAAAAUCAUCGAAUAUGGAACCAUCUACUAAAAGAAUAGACAUUAUACAUUUAGACGAUAGUGAUAAUGAUGAGCCAAAAAUUAUUACCUUAAAUAAAAAGAUUGAUUGUAUUGAGAUCGAAGAAAGUGAUUCUGAAGGCGAAGUAGUGGUUGAAAAACAUAUUGAAGCAAAAGCAAAUGAAUCAACUAGUAAAGAAAACAAGCAAUUCCUUUCAGAUGCUAAGUCGCGUGACUAUUUAAAUUUAAAUGAUGACAGUCCUGAAGAGACGAUCAUUCCUCAAAAUGAUGUUGUUGAUUUACGGAAUUCAGCUGCCGUUUUGAGUGACCGUGUAUAUGGACCUUCUAAAUCAAUACAACAAUGUGAGCAACCGUGUGACACUUUGUCAGAGAACAGGACUAUCAGUCGUUCUUCGGUUUCGAGAAGUUCAAUUAGUUCUGCCAACUUUGAUAGAACUAUUAGUACACCUGAUUCUGUACGCACUUCAAUCUAUUCUCCACAUGUAGGAGUUAGUGAAAACUUUGAUAAUGAGAGUAGAAAACGGCUAAGAACAGAUAACCCUGAAUUCUUAGAUUUUCCUGAUGAACCUGUUCCAUCAGAUGCUGACAUAUAUCGUAAAGAUGCAAGAGUCACUGAAGGUUACCUAAAGAACCUAGCUUGUCGAAUACCGAGGCAAUUAAUGCGAACUUACGUUGGACAUACCUCUGUUGUGAUGGCGUUGAGCUGGUGCGUAUCGCAAUAUAGUCAUUUGUUACUUUCUGCCUCCGCUGACUGCACUAUCAAAAUUUGGGAUAUGUUUUGUACUAAACCAGUAAGGCUUUUUAAGAAUAACUCUGGGUUGAAGGCAGCCAAAUGGUCGUUAGAUGGUGAACAAGUUGUUGCUGGAGGGUUUGGAAAGAAAGCACAUGUGUAUGAUGUCAUAAGUGGUAAGGAAGCUGCUUCUUAUGAUAUUUUCAACUAUGUGACAAGUAUUGAAAUUCAUCCAUAUAUGACUGAUGUACUUCUGUGUGGAACUCGUAAUGCAAUAUUAGGUUUUGACUUAAGAGUAAAUUCAAAGUUGCCUAUCCGCACCUUUUUUUCAAAAUGUGAAGAGGUUCUUGAUAUUGCUUUCAUUGACGAGAAUGAAUUUAUUUGUACAACAAAUUUUGUAAGUCGAGAUUCUGCUGAUCGUACUAUCAUGGUGUGGCAUUUUGGAAGUGGAGCAAUUCUGUCAAACCAAAUUUAUUUGGAACGCUAUACUUGCCCUUCCAUAAAAGUUCAUCCAAAUGAUUCUACUUUUGUGGCACAAAGCAAUGGGGACUACAUUGCUUCUUUCUCUACUUGUAAGCCAUACCAGAUUAGAAAUAAACGUUAUAUGGGUCACAAGGUUUCUGGUUAUGGCAUAGAAUGUGACAUUAGUCCUGAUGGAAAAUAUUUGGCUAGUGGUGAUGCUCAUGGGGACUUAUACUUCUAUAACUACAUGAAUACUAGUUUGAUUCAUAAACUGUCUGUGAAAGCUAAUGUUCCUACAAACAGACUAAAAUGGCAUCCAGCUUUAUCAAGUACCAUAGCCACAGCCACUUGGGAUGGACAUCUACAAAUAUGGAGAUAAUUGUUUCAUUUGUAAUAUAACAGGGCUGUCCAACUGGCGGGCCGCAUGAAACCAGUGUUGCCAGAUUGGGGGAAAUUUCCCCAUUUUGGGGAAAUUUAGUGCUCUCUGGGGAAAUUUUGGGGAAAUAGGUUUUGAGGGGAAUUUUUUGGGGAAAAUUUUUUUUCUUGGGGAGAACCUGGGGAAAAAACCUCGGGGCGAAAAAGGAACUUUUUUUGUAUUUAGAUUCACGUCAAGAAGUAGUAGUUACAUUGUUUGUAUCAAACAGCGUUGGUUUAGCUUUGCUCAACUUUAUGGAAUUCGCAUUAUGUGGAACAUGCUACGGAAUUCGCAUUAAUGUUCUGCGUGAGUACCUAGUUGAUACGUGAAAUAGGUAAAAAUAAGUGUGAUGGAGAAUGUUCUUGGAUAAAUAUAUACAAAAAUCAUAGUUUAAAUGUAAAUAUAGAAACAGAGUAGUAAAUGCAAGUAGAAAAAAAAACCUUUGGCUAUUUCUUAUCUUUCGGUCAGGCACUCAUGACUAGUGGCACCUGCACGGCUUUGCCCGUAGUAGAAAAUUAAAAUGUCUUUUGGUUCCCCUGCAUAUUUACAAAUAAUGCAUGAUGAAUUUCUCGCUAAUUGGCUUGCCCACGUUACGGUUCCACGUUAAGUAAUUUAUUCGUAUAAUCCACUUGGUAAUUUAUUCAUCCAUCUUAUGAUAAUUUUGCUCGGGAAAAUGGAGUAGAAAAAGAACAAAAUUGAAUUUUCGAAAAAUCACUUAAAGGUGCACCCCCCAUGCUACAAACUAAUCCUUUGCCAAAUUUCAUGAAAAUCGGCCGAACGGUCUAGAUGCUAUGCGCGUCACAGAGAUCCUGACAGACAGAGAGAGAGACUUUCAGCUUUAUUAUUAGUAAAGAUAAAGAAAACAAAAAAAAAAGCGAAAAUGG